UUGAAGGGAAGAGCUAUGUUUUCGGCAUUCAAAUAUUAUGCAAUAGACUAUUUACAUGAGAACACAGUUAAAGAAAGGAUUUGCAGAGAUGCUUUAUUGCUUCCGAUCCCUCCGUGUUUAAAUCAAGAUAAAAACGUUGUUGAUGAUGAAUAUAGAAGUCCAUGGACAAGAGCUGCUUCAUAUCCGGAGGUGACAGAUGAUUCAGUCUUGGAACAAUGGACAACAAGGUUCUGUGUGGAGGAUUUUCCUGAGAAAAAGACAGUUACAGGAAUGAUAAUUAAUGGUACGUUUGAGGAAAUUGUUCCCAGUUCCAAUCCAAACUCUCCAACCGGAAUGGAGGAUGUCGGCUCAUCCCUCAGUAAGGACCACAGAGAAGACUUUACACCUAUCAGGUGUUCCCCACACUACCCGGGAGUGAAAGCCAAGCACCAAGGGUUACUUAUUGAUGAGGAAUUGAUUUUUAUAAAUAAGGCAGUGGACGAUUAUCUACCAACUGUGGAUACUAUCUUGAGCAGACUGAAGCUCUAUCGGGUUAAGGAUCCGCUUUUAGAUUUCAAAGAACAGCUCCGUGGAAAGGAUCAGUUCACGGAGUGUUUCUCUGUUCAAGAACGGUUGGAACCUUCUGUAAGAGAUUUCCAUAUGGCUGAGGAGACCUUUUGUAAGAAGAAACUACCAUCAGUUUUCCCUUAUGAGUUUGAAUUCUUAAUAUCUACAAUCCCCAAACGAGAAAUUCCCACUCUGUUACUAUCAGAACUGAAGGAAUCAUUAAACUCAAUACCUGAAAUAAUGGAACAUGAAGAUGAAAAUGAAAAACCUUUCAAAAGAGAUUUUUCUACCAAGCAUGAGUCUGAUGCUCAGGAUAUGGAAUGCAGCUCCACAGAGAUCUUACCCACUGAAAGCCCAUCUGAACCGGAGGGCAGCGAAGCUGGAGAAUUGGAAAUGCCACUAACCCAUCUAAGCUUACCAAGGCAACAUUCUCCAGUGAGUUCACUAUGGGCAGGAUUUCAGACAUUUCCAUUUUCUGCUGUGUGCAAAAUUGAUUUGCUUAGUGCUGGAGAAUCAGCUAAUAAAUACUGUAUGCUGUGGCCCUUGGGAAGCUGCAGGAACUCUUGGGUCUCAUUCAUGCUUACAGUUCCAAGAUUUGAAGAGCCCAGCAGUCAAUAUUCUCUUGCAGAUAUGAGGAAUAUCUUUUCUAUCAAAGGAGACAGCCUUGUGAUUAACCCUGCAAAAACAAAGGGUUGGAGACAAGCAAGACGAAAUCCAAUAAUGGCCGAAACUUUGGAGCAUCUGAAGGCAUAUUUGUGUCACAGUGGUCUGUCUUCUAAGGAGGCUAAGCUGGAGAUCUUUCUGCCUACAAAAGUGCUUCAGCUGGAGCCCUGGCUAGAACAGCAGAGUUGCCCCUUGCCCGUCAUGCCUGUGAGUGAGAAGUCUGCUGGUGUCCGCAGAUUACAUCCUCAGAAGAGACCGUCUCCUGAGAACAAAGUGCUGCAUCAGAUGCAGUCUGAGGAAUGCGUCUCUGCUAAAAAAACAAAAAAGGAAGAAAAUCCCAAGAGUGACCAAGAGCUAGUGGCUGGAACAGUGCAGAAGACAGACAACAGUCGUGUUGGACUUGCUGACUCUGGGCCCUCUGUUGAGUCAGCUUCCUCUUCACAGAUCAAGGCAUCUUACUAUAAAAAGCAGCAGGACUUGGAUCUUUUGAGCGAGUUCAUUACUCUGAGAAGUAAAUACAAGCCUUUCACUUCAGAUGCUGAAGCCACAGACCAUGACCAAAACAGUGAAUUUCAAGAUAAAGAAAAGUGUUCUUUAACUCUUCAAGAAGAAAGUCCCGUUGUUUCUAAUAACAGAGCUGCAGAGGAAAGAAGUCAAGAGAGAGCAGAUGAUGUCAUUGAGAUUCAAGCAUCAGACACCCAGUGCCAAGCAUACUGCCUCCUAGAAGCAGCAGCGACUCCUGUCUUGAAGAAGCUUGUUUGCCUCUGCACUUACCCUGCUGCUAAUUGGAAAUUUGCCACUGUCAUUUUUGACCAAACAAGAUUCUUCUUAAAGGAACAAGAAAAACUAGUAAAUGAUGCUGUUCACCAAGGUGAAAAUGCUGACAGAGAAAUAACAUUCAGGCAUGCUGCCCUCUUACAUCUCCUGGUGACAAUGAGAGAUGUCCUUUUAACAUGCAGCUUGGAUACAGCAUUAGGAUAUUUGUCAAAUGCAAAGGAUAUCUACAAAAGCAUGUUAGACUCCUGCUUGGAUAACAUUUGGAGACAGCUGAAAAUUUUACAGUUUAUUAAGGAAAAAAGGCCUAAAACCAACUAUAAGAUCGAAGAAUUGCAAUGUCAGAUACUAAGCAGGUUGCAAAGUCAACAACAGAUUAAGGUACUGAUUAUAAUAAGAAUGGACUCAAAUGGAGAAAAGCAUUUGCUUAUUAAGACCCUUAAGAAAAUAGAAGGUUUAACAGUGACUGUUUUACAUUCAAAUGAGAGAAAAAAAUUUCUGGAAACUACCGGUGUUAUCAAAGGCAUGAGUUCCUGUGUGGUGGUGCAUAACCACCAUAUCAGAGCAGAUUUCCCCUGGAGCAGCUUCUCCCUGGUGCUGGAGUACAAUCACGUGGGCCACUCUUGCUGGGCCAAGCACUGCCAGCAGUUGAAUAUACCGUUCCUGGCCUUUAAAGUCGUCCUUCCAGACACAGCGCUGAAGAGAGUCACCUUGCUGGAUAGAUUUGGAGGGUUUCUCUUGGACAUUCAGGUGCCAUACGUAUUUUUUGCAUCUGAAGGUCUGCUUAAUAUCCCAGAAAUACUCUGGCUGCUGGAAUCUGGCUAUAAUAUCACACUAGUGGAGAGAAGCUGCUGCGAGUCUCUGAAACUCUUUGGAAGCACAGAGCGCUACGUGGUGGUCACAGUUGACGAGCACACUGCUGUAGUCGUGCAGGACCUAGAAGAAUUAUAUUAUGAGAAGGCAUCAGACAAUAUCAUUAUGAGAUUAAUGGCGUUGUCAUUCCAGUAUAGCUGUUGUUGGAUAAUACUGUAUCCCAAGGAAACAUUAAAUUCAGAGUACCAUCUCACACCAAAGACACUCCAUCACCUCGCGCAGAUUUAUGCAGCCUUGGUUUCCUCUGGUCUUAAAUCUGAAGAACUGGAUGUAAAGCUUAUAAUUGCCCCAGGAGUAGAAGAGACUGCCUUAACAAUCCGACAGAUCGCAGACCACAAUCUAAUGACGUCCAAGAGAGAUCCUCAUGAGUGGUUGGAUAAAUCCUGGGUUGAAGUUUCACCAUCUAAGGAAGAAAUGCACCUGCUUGAUUUUCCGUGCAUCAACCCCCUGGUGGCUCAGCUCAUGCUGCACCGAGCGCCUUCGCUGCACUGGCUGUUGAGAGCAUCGCCUGCUGAGCUUCAGGAACUCCUGCCCCAGGUUCCAGUCAAAGUCCUGAAGCAUUUUUGUAGCAUCACUUCCUUGUUCAAGAUUAGUUCUUCCUCCAUGACAAAGUCACCUCGAAUUUCAUCACUUCAGGAAGAUAUGAAUCAGAGCUCAGCUCCUGUCAUUCAAGAACACGAUGAAUAUUAUUCCUACGAAGACCCGGAAGAGACGGUGCAGGAAGACACAAGUGCUCCUUUUAUGGAGCUAAGAGAGAGAAUCUGCAGGCCGCCAUCUGCAGCAUCUCACAGGCAGGCCGGCUCCUGGGACACAGCGUGGAAUAGCCCUUUUCUAAAUCAUAAGGACACAAAGAAAGCAUCUUGGCACUCCUUUCCAAGCCAGAGUGAUUCGGAAUCAGAUGUCUUUUCUUUGGGCCUAACACACAUAAAUUGUGAACCCGAAAUGUUACCAGCUGAUACUCAGAGGAGAGUUACUCAUAAUUUUGUGAAUUAUCCCAGAGCCAAAGGAAGCAGGAGUAUGCAAGCAUCCAGCCCCAUGUUUUUACCAGAGGGCUCUCCAUCCCAUCUUUAUUGGGACUUUAAGAAAAAUACUGAUCAAAAACAGAUGUAUUCAUUCAGGUCAAGCUGUGGAGCAGAGCAGAGCACCUACAACAAAUGGUGCCCUCAGGAAGACGACUUAACCAGUGAUCAGCCAGAGUGUCUGUCGGCUGAACUGGAAGAUCUCACACACAGACAUUCAAAUGCUGGGACUGACCAGACUUUCUGGAGAGAACGGCCAUCUGCUCCCAGCUGGGAUUCAGUCUAUGCUUCUGAUUCUAAUGUAAACCAAAGAGGAUUCCAUGGCCUUGAUUUCUACCACAGAGCUGGGAACUACUCAGGACAGAGAAGGCUGCCUGUAUCCUCAUCUAAAUGGGAAGACUAUGAAACACCAACAGGCUUAAUGUACUCACAAGUACCACAACCCAAAAAACGGCGUCUAAUGUAUGAAAAAGUCCCUGGAAGAAUGGACGGGCAAACUCGGCUGAGAUUUUUAUGAAGAACAGAAAGGACAGUGCCGCAUACCAGAGUCUACUUUAUGAUAAUCCAGUAACAGAAUUAUUUAGGUUUGAUUAUGCAUAAAAAAACAUCAUUUUAUAUGUCCUCAGUGUUCUAUCAUAUAUUCAAUUUUCAUAAUAUAUAAUUUGUCCUGUAACUUGGAUCUAAAUCUGAUUAUCUGAUUUAUCAAUUAGCUUAAUAAACAUAAGGCCCAAAAACUAUUCAGAUGCAUGUGUACUUCACAAGCAUUUUGUCUUUUCAGAUUUGGCUUUUCACUUAUAUGCACAUAUGUGGAGGCCAGAGCUACCUUAAGUUCCCAACACAGUCAUUGUUAAGAUUUAAUUUUUCUUAUUAUUUAAGUUGUGUGGCCUACAAGGCCAGAGCAGAUGUCAGUCUUUUUCCCAAGAUGAAGCCUUAUGUAGUACUGUAUUCUCCUUACCCAGCGUAGGGAUAUAAAAACGUGUUUUCACUUCGCUUAGAUCUAGAUUCCUAUAUUUUGGUCACUGAUUAAAUCUUUUAGUGUUAAACUCCUAACCCAUUUUUCUGUAGCUUUUUGUUUGUUUUUCAAGACAGGGUUUCUCUGUGUGGCCCUGGCUAUCCUGAACUUGCUCUGUAGAGCAGACUGGCCUUAAACUCAAAGAUCCGCCUGCUUCUGCCUCCUGAGUGCUGGGAUUAAAGGCGUGUGCCACCACCACCCGGCUCUAGAGCUUAUUUUUAAUGUGUAAAUAAUUUAAUGCUACGUAACAUUAGAAAAACAUUUCCACAUUAUGUUUUGUAAUGAAUAUAAUAAAUACCAAAAUCUAACACUGCAAAAAAGAAAAUUAUGGAACCGUACUUUUAUCGGUGCAAAAUUCUAAUGGAAGAUUACCAUAGCAACAAUGAAAUCAAAAUCCAUCUGAGUUCAGUUCCUAGAGUGCAAAGAUAGUUCCACGACAGGGUGUGUAUUAAUUCCUCAUUAAUAUAACUGAUAUUUAAGGAAAAAUUAAUGAGUAUAUCUAAUUCCCCCUAAGAUAUUUAGCAAAGUUCAGCAUUCAUUUGUUUUUUUAGUUUACAUACAAAUAGGUUUCAGUAUGCCAUUUUCAUAUUUCAUUUUCAAUUUUUAAAAAUCGCACUGUUUAAUUCAACAGCUUCCAAGGCAGUCUCACUAAUCCAUUAAGGCAGUCGUCAUUCUCCAUGUCUGAGAGGAAGUGAGAACAAGAACUAGAUUUCCUCGGGUUAACUCUCUGGCCCAGGGUCCCUUCUCUGUACUCUCGUAAUGACUUACACACUGCAGAUUCCCUUGUGCUGAACCAGCUCCUUCUGCAGGGCAUCUUCUCCUAAUAUACUGCUGGAUCUGAUCUGCCUACAUUCGGGACAUUUGUACCUGUACGAUGUCUGUAGUUUCUCUCAACUAUCUCAUGGAGUGUUGCUGAAGGAAAAAGUGGAUCCAAAGAGAAUUUUGUUUUUAAUGGAAAUUUGGAGUGCUUAUUAAAAUCCUUAUUAAUCGAGAUGGAGAGUGGAACAUAUAUAAUGCUAUUAGGAAAGAAAAGACUGAAGAAAUAGAUAGUAUAAAAUUUCAGACAAGACUAAACAGAUAAUAGAAGCAUCAAAAGGACACCCAAGUUAUGAUUAGUACGAAUCCAAUCCACUGAUAUCUGCACGAUGCUGAGAAUUAAGGGGGGGCUCAGCUAACGGCUUCCAUCCUCUCCACUGCAAUCCGACCAGUGUUCUUGUUUUUCCACUUAUUUAUUCAUGGGUGAGUGCCAGGCAAAGCUGGUCCAGGGAGCAGCUGUGGCUCGUAAUCGAGGCUUGUUUUCCAUGUGAUGCUAGCAUCUGCUUCUGGAGACACUCUACAGGAUCUCAAAGCCACAUUCCACCCUCUGCAUGCAGCGCUCCCUCUCAGCAGCCAACAGAAACCCGCGGCAUCCCGAAAGACAAAAGCAAACACAGAAUACCGUUCUCGUGGAAAACGAUGAAUUAGGAAAAAACUUUAUUUCCAAAUUCUUCAAAGAUUAUUAUAAACACAGACUUUCCUUCUAAAGUGUCCCCAAUUAAACCAAAGGCACAUCACCCAAAUAAGAUACUUGUGACAUUAGUUCUUACAGGUUAUAUUAUUUUCAUAUUUUGUUUUUAACCAUUUGCAGUGUUCUGAAUGUAGUAGGCCACAUUUAAAUGUUUUUAAAGGUACAAGCACAUUUUUAAGACCUACAAAAACAAUUGUAAGUUGUAAACUACAGGAAGUAAGGAAAGACCUAACCAGCCUAACCCAGGAUGGGCAACCUGACGCUGUACCAAUUCUAUAGUUGGCUAAGAGCAUCUCCCAAGUUUACUGUCAAAGUAUGACCAUAUUUCAUUGAGAAAUGAAAAUGUUUUCCUUUUUUUUUUAAAAAAAAAUCAAGAUAUCAAUUAUUCCCCCAAUUUUAUACUUUGUCUUCAUUUAGUAAUAGUAAAUUCUUAUGAACAAAUUUUAUUAAAGUAUAAAAAUGUUAGGAAAAUUACAAAUCUCAGUUUUUGAAAACAAAACGUCUCCAUUCUAAAAUGCAAACCCCCAGUAAGUAGAACAUCCCCAUUUCCCCGGCGGAGCCACGCAGGUUCUAUGGGGUGAGAGAUGCAGCUCAGUAAAUUUGGAGG